CAUAUCACUAUGGCUUCAUCCUCCAAGACGAGCUCUUUGCUCUACUCGUGCAUCGCCCAUCGCACUACUAUUCUGGCCGAACACUCCUCACCGGGUAGUUCAUCGACCGCCGCCUCGUCACUAGCCUCCAUCAUCCUCCCAAAGAUCACACACGACAAGCCACAAAAGCUCACCUUCACCCAUGAACGGCUUUUUGUCCAUUACAUUGCCGACUCGCCAACAGGCAGCCAAUCUGAGGAUGGCAACAUCGCAGAGCCCAACUCACACGCUCCCCUGAGCUUCGUGAUGAAGCGGAAGUUUUUAACAACCUACGAUCCAUCCACAACCGAGUUCGCCUCACUGCCCGCCUACGGCUGCGCUGCCUUCAACAACGAGCUGCGCUCUCUCCUACAAGCCUACAACACCGCCCCACCAGCAGACUCGCUCGCAUCAGCCCGGCGCGAGAUCGACAGCGUCCGCGAUAUAAUGACCGAGAAUAUUGAGCGGGUCCUGGAGCGCGGCGAGCGCAUUGAUCUGCUGGUUGACAAGACGGAUCGGCUUGGCGGGAGUGCGCAUGAUUUCCGGAUCCGUAGUCGGGGACUGCGGAGGCGGAUGUGGUGGAAGAAUACUAAGUUGAUGAUUAUGAUGGUAGUCGUCGUCAUCUUCUUGCUAUAUCUGUUCAUUGGCAUGGGAUGUGGACUACCUGCAUGGGGCAAGUGUGUUGGACACUAG